CUCCACACCAACUGAAACAAUGCAGCAAAAUAACAGUGUGACUGAAUUCAUACUGUUAGGAUUAACACAGGAUCCCUUGAGGCAGAAAAUUGUGUUUAUAAUAUUCUUAAUUUUCUAUGUGGGAACUGUGGUGGGGAAUAUGCUCAUUAUUGUGACCAUCAAGUCUAGCCAUACUCUGGGAAGUCCCAUGUACUUCUUCCUAUUUUAUUUGUCCAUUGCUGAUUCUUGCUUUUCAACUUCCACAGCCCCUAGAUUAAUUGUGGAUACUCUCUCUGCAAAGAAAAUUAUAUCCUACAAUGAGUGCAUGACACAAGUCUUUGCACUACAUUUUUUUGGCUGCAUGGAGGUCUUUGUUCUCAUCCUCAUGGCCGUUGAUCGCUAUGUGGCCAUCUGUAAGCCUUUGCGUUACCCAACCAUCAUGAGCCGGCAGAUCUGCAUCAUCCUGAUUGUUCUUGCCUGGAUAGGGUCUUUUAUACAUUCUAUGGCUCAAAUUAUCCUGGCUUUAAGACUGCCCUUCUGUGGACCCAAUUUGAUUGAUCAUUAUUGCUGUGAUUUGCAGCCCUUGUUGAAACUUGCCUGCAUGGACACUUACACGACCAACCUGCUGUUGGUGUCUAACAGUGGGGCAAUUUGCACAAGUAGUUUCAUGAUUUUGAUAAUUUCAUACAUUGUCAUCUUGCAUUCCCUGAGAAACCACAGUGCAGAAGGGAGGAAAAAGGCUCUCUUUACUUGCACUUCUCACAUAAUUGUAGUCAUCUUAUUCUUUGGUCCAUGUAUAUUCAUAUAUACACGCCCCCCAACCACUUUCCCCAUGGACAAGAUGGUGGCGGUGUUUUAUACUAUUGGAACACCCCUUCUCAAUCCACUCAUCUACACACUGAGGAAUGCAGAAGUGAAAAAUGCCAUGAGAAAGUUGUGGCAUGUCAAAAUUAUUUCAGAAAACAAAAGAUAACCUGAGUACUUAUUCAGUCAAAUCAUGAUUUAAC